AUGUUGGCUUCGCUGUUCCUGCUCCUCUUGGUGCCGGGGUCCUGGCAGGGGAAGCCGAUCAGGCCUCCAUCGUUCCCCGGUCUCCCGACUGUAAAAGAUUUAGCUGAGGCUGCUGGUUAUUCAGCAACAGACAUAGAAGUGAUAACAGAAGAUGGGUACAGUAUUUGGAUACAUAGGAUAGGUAACUCCUCAGGCCCACCUGUAAUUUUGCAACAUGGAUUACUGCUUGCUGCAGAUUCUUGGAUUGCAAGAGGACCUGACAAAGAUCUUGCCUUCUUAUUACUGAAGACAGGAUUUGAUGUAUGGUUGACAAACUUACGUGGCACAGUUUACAACCAGUAUAGCUUAAAGUAUAGUCGAACAGAUCCGCAAUUCUGGAACUUCAGUUUUCAUGAGGCUGGCUAUUAUGAUAUUCCUGCAUUCAUUGACAAAAUUCUCAAGAUAAGAAAAGCAAAAAAAAUAUUUUAUGUGGGGCAUUCUCUUGGUACAUUGGUAUUCUUUGUAAUGAAUUCACUAAGACCAGAAUAUAAUUCUAAAAUACAAGGAGCAGCAUUGUUCUCACCAGUAGCUUAUGGAUCUAACCCAGAUGCACUUGGCGCUAAUCCUUUUCUUCGUUUUAGUUUUAAUAAUGCUGAUGCUAUCUAUGCUGAAUUUACAAGUAGAAGAAUUUAUGAAUUCUUGCCAAGAUCAGCAUCAAGUAUUAAAAGUGUUGAAGAAUUUUGCAGUAAUUUAUCAAGGAGUCAAGAAAUUUGUCUAGACAUAAUUGGAAUUUUUGUUGGUGAACAUAGAACCAAUAUAGAUAAGAAAAAUUUAGGAAAUAUAAUAAAAUUUGGACCUGCAGGGACAUCAUCAAAGAAUUUUUAUCACUUAUCUCAAGUAUAUAGAACAGGAGAAUUUAAGAUGUUUGACUAUGGACCAAAAGGAAACUGGAUCAACUACAACAGCUCAACCCCCACAAACUAUCCUCUUGAACAGGUUGUUGCCCCAAUUGUCUUGUUUUGGAGUUACAAUGAUCCUCUUCUACCGCAAGAUUCUGUACAGAAACUGGCAUCAAAACUGCCCAAUCUUAUUAAACUGCAAGCUGUAUCUGAUCCGAAGUUUACUCAUAUAGAUAUGGUUUGGGGAGAAAAUGCUAAAGAGGUUCUUUACCCUGAUGUCAUAGAAAUUUUCCGUUCUUUGAUUGACAAAGAUAAAUUUUAA